AUGGAGUAUGAGUUCCGUCGUCGUAGCAAAGCGGCAGAAACAGCACGCAACAUCAACGACGUUUACGGUGCGAACACUACUAACGAUCGUACCAUCCGUUAUUUGUUUGCUCGCUUUCGUUCCGGAAAUUUUGACCUAAGAAAUGAACCACGUGGUCGGCCGAAAAUGUUGGUUGACAAUGACGAAUUAAAGGUGAUUGUAGGGGCUGAUGAUUCUCAAACUACAGCUGAAUUAGCAGCAGCUUUCGAAGUUAGCACUAGAACAAUAUUGGUCCAUUUGCGUCAAAUUGGCAAGAUAAGGAAACUCGACAAAUGGGUGCCUCACGAAUUGAAUGAACGCCAGCGCGAAAUACGCGUCGAGGCGUGCCUUGCACUGCUCAACAGACUCGCACUCGACAGAAUCGCAUUGUUACUUGUGGCAAAAAAUGGAUUCUAUUCGACAAUUGCAAGUACUCAGCUAGUUGGUUAG